AUGCUGCGCUACGGUAAGCUGCGCUACGGUAAGCUGCGCUAUGCUAUGCUGCGCUAUGGUAGGGCCAGCAGCUAGGGACACAGAUAAUUAUACUGUUAAGUACACAGUUUAUCAAUGCUGUCAUCACUGAACCUGAAUGUGGAUAUGAUUGUUUAGUGAACAUUGUAUCGAAUGAUGAAGUAUACUGUACUGUAUAAGAUAUAACCCUCUCACGUUAGUGUAUAAUCCCUCUCACGUUGGUGUAUAACCCUCUCACGAACUACAAAUCCUGGGGUGUACUUUAUUUAAACAAACCAAAUAACCCUCACUCUAUCUCUCUCUCCCUCUCUCUCUUCAUCUCUCUCUCUCUCGCCUCUCAAUUCAAUUUAAGGCCUUUAUUGCCAAAGCAAGUGAAGUAGAUAGUAAACAAAAGUGAAAUAAACAAUAAAUAUUAACAGUAAACAUUACACUCACAAAAGUUCCAAAAGAAUAAAGACAUUUCAAAUGUCAUAUUAUGUCUAUAUACAGUGUUGUAACAAUGUGCAAAUUGUUAAAGUACAAAUGGGAAAAUAAAUAAACAUAAAUAUGGGUUGUAUUUACAAUGGUGUUUGUUCUUCACUGGUUGCCCUUUUCUUGUGGCAACAGGUCACAAAUCUUGCAGCUGUGAUGGCACACUGUGGUUUUUCACCCAAUAGAUAUGGGAGUUUAUCCAAAUUGGAUUUGUUUUCUAAUUCUUAGUGUGUCCUUUAACGUAUACGCUGGGGGUCAGGAAGAAGGUGAGUUUGAUAAGAAAAGGCAUAAAAACAAAACAGGAGAAGCUGAACGUGACGAAACCAAGACUGCCUGAGGACUGAGGCUACUGAGGGCUAAAUAAAGGGAAGGUCAUCAAGGUGAUGACGAGGUCCAGGUGUGCAUAACGAUGGGGAGCGGGUGUACGUAAUGAUGGUGCCAGGACCGGUGGUUAAGUAGACUGGCGACCUUGAGCUCUGGAGUGGGGGUUGACGUGACAGGUCUGUGUAAUCUGAGGGAAAUAUGUGUCUCUAAUAUGGUCAUACAUUUGGCAGGAGGUUAGGAAAUGCAGCUCAGUUUCCACCUCAUUUUGUGGGCAGUGUGCACAUAGCCUGUCUUCUCUUGAGAGCCAGGUCUGCCUACGGCGGCCUCUCUCAAUAGCAAGGCUAUGGUCACUGAGUCUGUACAUAGUCAAAGCUUUCCUUAAGUUUGUGUGACACAGUGGUCAGGUAUUCUGCCACUGUGUACUCUCUGUAUCGGGCCAAAUAGCAUUCUAGUUUGCUCCGUUUUACAAAUUAAUUCUUUACAAUGUAUCAAGUAAUUCUCUUUUAGUUUUCUCAUGAUUUGGUUGGGUCUAAUUGUGUUGCUGUCCUGGGGCUCUGUGGGGUCUGUUUGUGUUUGUGAACAGAGCCCCAGGACCAGCUUGCUUAGGGGACUCUUCUCCAGGUUCAUCUCUCUGUAGCUGAUGGCUUUGUUAUGGAAGGGUUGUGAAUCGCUUCCUUUUAGGUGGUUGUAGAAUUUAACGGCUCUUUCUGGAUUUUGAUCAUUAGCGGGUAUUGACCUAAUUCUGUUAUGCAUGCUUUAUUUGGUGUUUUACGUUGUACACUGAGGAUAUUUUUGGCGAAUUCUGCAUGCAGAGUCUCAAUUUGGUGUUUGUUCCACUUUGUGAAUUUUUGGUUGGUGAGCGGACCCCAGACCUCACAACCAUAAAGGGCAAUGGGUUCUAUAACUGAUUCAAGUAUUUUUAGUCAGAUCCCAAUUGGUAUGUCGAAUCUUACGUUCCUGUUGAUGGCGUAGAAGGCCUUUCUUGCCUUGUCUCUCAGAUCGUUCACAGCUUUGUGGAAGUUACAUGUGGCGCUUAUGUUUAGGCCUGUUAAGGUAUGUAAAGUAUUUUUUUGUGCUCUAGGGCAACGGUGUCUCAAUAAAAUUUGUAUUUGUGGUCCUGGCAACUGGACCUCUUUUGGAAAACAAUUAUUUUUGUCUUACUGAGAUUUACUGUCAGGGCCCAGGUCUGGGCAGAAGAUCUCUCUCUCUCUCUCUCUCUCUCUCUAUACUCUCUCUACUCUCUCUCUAUGUCUCGUAUCUCUCUCUCUCUCUGCUCUAUCUCUCUCUCUCUCUCUCUCUCGCUCUCUGUCUAUCUCUUCUCUCUCUCUCUCUUUCGCUCUCUGUCUCUCUCUCUACUUUCUCUUAUCUCUCUCUCUAUCUCUCUCUCUCUCUAUCUCUCUCUCUCUCUCUGUCCUCCUCUAUGUCUCUCUGUUUCUCUCUCUGUCUCUCUCUGUUCUACUCUCUCACUCUCUCUGCUCUCUCUCUCUCUCUCUCUCUAUCUCUAUCCUCUCUAUAUCUCGGCCUCUCCCUACUCUCUCUUCAUCUUCAUCUACUUCUAUUUCGCUAUCUACUUCUCUCUCUGUUCAUCUCCUUAAUAAUAUUAUCGGUAACUUUCUAUUGGAUAUAAACCCUCAGCUGCCCUCCACCAUCUUUAACACCAGACAUUUACAUUUUACAUUUUAGUCAUUUAGCAGACACUCUUAUCCAGAGCCACUACAGUAGUGAGUCAUUUAGCAGACACUCUUAUCCAGAGCCACUACAGUAGUGAGUCAUUUAGCAGACACUCUUAUCCAGAGCCACUACAGUAGUGAGUCAUUUAGCAGACGCUCUUAUCCAGAGACUCUACAGUAGUGAGUCAUUUAGCAGACGCUCUUAUCCAGAGCCACUACAGUAGUGAGUCAUUUAGCAGACACUCCUAUCCAGAGAGACUACAGUAGUGAGUCAUUUAGCAGACACUCUUAUCCAGAGACUCUACAGUAGUGAGUCAUUUAGCAGACGCUCUUAUCCAGAGAGACUAUAGUAGUGAGUCAUUUAGCAGACGCUCUUAUCCAGAGCCACUACAGUAGUGAGUCAUUUAGCAGACACUCCUAUCCAGAGAGACUACAGUAGUGAGUCAUUUAGCAGACACUCCUAUCCAGAGCCACUACAGUAGUGAGUCAUUUAGCAGACGCUCUUAUCCAGAGCCACUACAGUAGUGAGUCAUUUAGCAGACGCUCUUAUCCAGAGCCACUACAGUAGUGAGUCAUUUAGCAGACACUCUUAUCCAGAGAGACUACAGUAGUGAGUCAUUUAGCAGACACUCUUAUCCAGAGACUCUACAGUAGUGAGUCAUUUAGCAGACGCUCUUAUCCAGAGCCAUUACAGUAGUGAGUCAUUUAGCAGACGCUCUUAUCCAGAGCCACUACAGUAGUGAGUCAUUUAGCAGACACUCUUAUCCAGAGCCACUAUAGUAGUGAGUCAUUUAGCAGACGCUCUUAUCCAGAGCCACUACAGUAGUGAGUCAUUUAGCAGACACUCUUAUCCAGAGCCACUAUAGUAGUGAGUCAUUUAGCAGACACUCUGAUCCAGAGCCACUACAGUAGUGAGUCAUUUAGCAGACACUCUUAUCCAGAGUCACUACAUUAGUGAGUCAUUUAGCAGACGCUCUUAUCCAGAGCCACUACAGUAGUGAGUCAUUUAGCAGACGCUCUUAUCCAGAGCCACUACAGUAGUGAGUCAUUUAGCAGACACUCUUAUCCAGAGCCACUAUAGUAGUGAGUCAUUUAGCAGACGCUCUUAUCCAGAGCCACUACAGUAGUGAGUCAUUUAGCAGACACUCUUAUCCAGAGCCACUAUAGUAGUGAGUCAUUUAGCAGACGCUCUUAUCCAGAGCCACUACAGUAGUGAGUCAUUUAGCAGACACUCUUAUCCAGAGCCACUACAGUAGUGAGUCAUUUAGCAGACACUCUUAUCCAGAGCGAUUUACAGUUAGCGAGUGUGGACUCCUUAAGUCACGGUACUGUGUUCAUUAGUCCUGCUCUACAAAUCAAGACCAGCCAUUUGAAUCUAUUUCACCCAUCCUCCCUGCUAAUUGAAUGUGAUCUCUGUUUCUGCAGUAUGCAGGUUUGCUGGUUGGAUGACUGUCCAUGGUGAGUGCUGCAGUAAUGAUGGGGAUAGAUGUGAGGCUACAGCAGCAACAGUUUGAUUCAGGGAGGGAGGAUCUACUACCUCCUUCAGACUGACAGGCUGAUCUACUACCUCCUUCAGACUGACAGGCUGAUCUACUACCUCCUUCAGACUGACAUGGUGAUCUACUACCCUCCUUCAGACUGACAUGGUGAUCUACUACCUCCUUCAGACUGAGAGGCUGAUCUACUGCCUCCUUUAGACUGACAGGCUGAUCUACUACCUCCUUCAGACUGACAGGCUGAUCUACUGCCUCCUUCAGACUGACAGGGUUAUCUACUACCUCCUUCAGACUGACAGGCUGAUCUACUAACUCCUUUAGACUGACAGGCUGAUAUACUACCUCCUUCAGACUGACAGGGUGAUCUACUACCUCCUUCAGACUGACAGGCUGAUCUACUACCUCCUUCAGACUGACAGGCUGAUCUACUAUCUCCUUCAGACUGACAGGGUGAUCUACUACCUCAGGCUGAUUUACUACCUCCUUCAGACUGAAAGGCUGAUCUACUACAUCCUUCAGACUGACAGGCUGAUCUACUACCUCCUUUAGACUGACAGGCCGAUCAACUACCUCCUUCAGACUGACAGGGUGAUCUACUACCUCCUUCAGACUGACAGGCUGAUCUACUAUCUCCUUCAGACUGACAGGGUGAUCUACUACCUCUAUCAGACUGACAGGGUGAUCUACUCCCUCCUUCAGACUGAAAGGCUGAUCUACUACCUCCUUCAGACUGACAGGCAUAUCUACUGCCUCCUUCAAACUGACAGGGUGAUAUACUACCUCCUUCAGACUAACAGGCUGAUCUACUGCCUCCUUCAGACUGACAGGGUGAUAUACUACCUCCUUCAGACUAACAGGGAGAUUUACUACCUCAUUCAGACUGACAUGGUGAUUUACUACCUCCUUCAGCCUGACAGGCUGAUCUACUAUCUCCAAACUGACAGGCUGAUCUACUACCCUACUUCAGACUGACAGGGUGAUCUAAUACCUCCUUUAGACUGAGUGGCUGAUCUACUACCUCCUUCAGACUGACAGGGUGAUCUACUACCUCCUUCAGAAUGACAGGGUGAUUUACUGCCUCCUUCAGACUGACAGGCUGAUUUACUACCUCCUUCAGACUGACAGGCUGAUCUACUACCUCCUUUAGACUGACAGGGUGAUCUACUACCUCCUUCAGACUAACAGGGUGAUCUACUACCUCCUUCAGACUGACAGGCUGAUCUACUAUCUCCUUCAGACUAACAGGGUGAUCUACUACCUCUUUCAGACUGACAGGGUGAUCUACUACCUCCUUCAGACUGACAGGCUGAUCUACUAUCUCCUGCAGACUGACAGGGUUACCUACUACCUUUUUCAGACUGACAGGGUGAUCUACUCCCUCCUUCAAACUGACAGGCUGAUCUACUACCUCCUUCAGACUGACAGGCUGAUCUACUACCUACUUCAGACUGACAGGCUGAUCUUCUACCUCCUUCAGACUGACAGGCUGAUCUAUUACCUCCUUCAGACUGACAGGGUUAUCUACUACCUCUUUCAGACUGAAAGGAUGAUCUACUACUUCCUUCUGACUGACAGGCUGAUCUACUUCCUCCUUCAGACUGACAGGCUGAUCUAA